CUAAAAUGUUUAUACAUUGCAGUUCUAGCGAAUAAUUGUUUCGGAAACUAUUUAAAAGUCAAAAUGAAUAAGUGUUUGAAAGAGAAGGAUGUUGUAAACACGUGAUUACUUUUCGAUAUAUUAUGAAUAUAUUUUUAGUACCUUCAGUUAUAAUUUAUAUUCGAUCAUUGAAACUUGAAGCUAAAUCUACUGACCACUGAGUUUGAAGUUGAAUUUGAACAUAAGUUACUCAGUAAACUGUGCAGGUUAUUAUAAUUAUAAAUUAAUUUGAAGUGUGCUGUUCAGUGUGUCUGAAAUGACGAAUACUAAUAUCGGCGAUUUUUCAGCACCAUUUAGGUGGAAGGGGGCACUUUUUAGAAUACAGUAUAGAAAUUAUGAUGCUGAGGAUCCCACAAUUCCCAACCAGACGGAUGUCACUGUCAGAAAAACUGAUCUAUCAAUUCUCAGCUUUGAAAGUUUUCCUACGUUAAAAGAAUGUUGUUGUAAGGUGUUAGUUUCUGAUGCUUUACUUGCUAAAUAUGCCUCAUCCCUGUUGCCCUCUGAACUUCACUAUCAUAUGAUGAAAAAAGCUUUAGAGAAAAAAAGAGAUCGGUCUGUAAAUGUCUUACUGCAAGUAUGGCCAGCUGUUUCACUGACAUUGAGAACACUUCUUCCUCAACUCUUUUGCACAUCUUCUGUUCUCUAUGAUGACUUGGUUUACCGAUCACAAAUACAGCAUGCAAUACUUUGUACCACCAGCCUUGUUAGAAGCCUGAUGUGCAUCAUUGAACAUCCAGAUAUUCUUUCUGUGGGAAAAUUAAAGAUGCUUGAUCUUCGCUGCUUUCCUACAGUGGAUUUGAUGGUACAGUACAUAUCACGUUUCCUCCUUAGUAAAACCACAAACUCAUCUUUUAGUACAAGUAGGAAAAGGCAUCGGUCACCAUCCCCUACAUCGUUUGCCCAAAAUAGGAAUUUAGACAAGGUAUCAAGAAGUGAACCAUUUAUUCUUUCUAUUGAUGCUGUUGUUAGAGGAUCAGAAACAUGUAACCUACUUUGUAAGGCACUGAGCAUUAGUAAGAGCUCACAUUCUCCACUGAAGUUACAAAUUAACCAACUGGAUGUGUCAAAUGUAAGAGAUAAAGAGCUUGAGGCUUUAUUAAAACAUAUUGAUCAUGAGAACCUAACUGGCUUAAGUCUUCAAUACAACUCUCUGUUACCAAGCGGUAUUUCAAUUCUGGCUCCUCAGAUUAGCAGUUUAAAGAAUCUGUCAGCUCUGGACCUUUCUUGCAACAUUAUAAACCUAACAGAAAACCCUGAUGUCAGAGAUGUAGUUUCUGGAAUGCUGUCCUCUAUGCAUAAUCUGAAAAGACUUGAUUUCAGCAACAACAGAGUGGGAAAUUGUCUGAGAGAACUUCUAUCAACCAAAGAGGGGAAGUUUACAGCCAGUAGUAGCAAUAGAAGCACAGAUUCUCCUCAAAGCUUGGAGUAUCUAAAGCUGUCAGCCUGCAGAUUGACACAAAGUGACCUUCUGUAUAUUUCUACCAGUAACCAUAGGUUUACUCUCCGGGAACUUGAUCUUGGUGAGAAUGUGCUCUUCAUUUAUAUGAGCAGUUUAGUUCAGCUACUUCAUGCAACCAAAAAUCUGGAGGUUUUAGAACUAGAGGGAUGUGGGUUUAAAGAUGAUCAUUUUCUCCCACUGAUAAAAGCUAUUUCUUCAUUGAAAAAAUUAUGGUACCUUAACUUAGCUGGGCAUGAAGUAACAACUAAAGAACUUUAUGGUAGCAUUCCUCUGCUUGCAGCCCUGCCUCACCUGGAAUGUGUUCGAAUCACUUACCCAAAUGAAUGUUAUGAUAGCAGUGAUCAAGAAAUCUGUGUUAAUAUGAAAGCUUCUGUUGAAACCAAACUUAAAGAAUUAUUUAGCAAAAACUUAUACAGCUCUCACAGAAAUCCAAUGUCUAGAAUGGUGCGCAUUGUGUGGACUGAUGAUUAUUAUCAAGAAAUACUUCAAGUAGUUUUUAUUCCAUGACAGUUUUAUUGAAGAAAAACUCCAAAAUGCGAAGAUUAUACUUUUUUUUUCAUUAUUAAAAUGGAGUUUCAACUCUGUAUUCAUGUACUACUUUGAUAAAUUUAAAAUAUAAAUGAAAUUCCAUGAGUCU